CGACGAAAAUCCGGGGAGACGCCGUUUUUUUCACAAUUUGCCACGGGACGGAUGACGGAUGAUGCAGUUUCUGCAAACACGGUCUCUACUUUACUGACGGAAAAUAUGGCGCUCUAUUUUAUCGAGAGAUAGUGGGAGAUAGCGACACCAGUCGGAUGCAGAUAAAUAAUUUGAUUGACCAUCCAUCGGUAUCGAAUAUUUCCUACCUUACCCGCCGCAGAUUCCGAAGAUACCCCCAACUCGAUCAUUUCAUUAAGCAGGUUAUGCGACGUUUACUAUGUUCACUACUGACCGCAUUAUGCGAAGCAUGUGUGGGAUAUAACGGGAUGCCGGAUGGUAGAUUAGAGCCUUUCACUUUUGGGUGACACGAGUCUGUCUUAACGAUCCCGUGCCGCGAUGACGGGACCGGGAAACUCUUCCUUAUUAUACCUUACGAUUGCGGGGCGGGGCUGAGGAACGUAUUUGAACAAAUGACAAUGUUUACAUUAUGUAAUGGGAUAAAAGAUACCAAUCAAAUUUGCAAGUAUACUCGUGGCUUUGAAAUUAAAUUACAGCGAGUAAUCGCUUCCUGAAUCUAGGAGAUCCGCGAACGAUUUGCGUAACAGUCUGUCGUGGACCGAGUGUGAGGAUAUGAGCAAUCUAUAAACGCAGAGAAAAUCCUUAAAAUUAAGUAAAAAUUUAUACAAAUUUUUGAGGAUAGUGUAAUACUGUAUAUUGAAAAAAAAACAUGAAUGAAAUCAAGGAUAAUACAGUACGAGUGGUGUUCGUAUCCCUGCUGCUGGAUCUCCUAGCGUUCACAAUGAUUUUGCCGCUACUGCCAGCUCUACUGGACCAUUAUAAAGAGAUAGAAAAGGGACAUGGAUUGUAUUCAAGUAUUUUGAGCCAUAUGAAGAGCAUACAAGUAUUCUUUGACGCGCCAGAUAAAGUCAGCACAGUUCUUUAUGGAGGUUUCCUAGGUUCUAUGUAUUCCUUCUUGCAAUUUCUGGGAUCACCAAUCAUUGGAGCAUUAUCGGAUAUUUACGGACGAAAACCGUUGAUGUUGCUCUGCUUGAUAGGCAUUUCACUGUCCUACCUCUUAUGGGCAUUGUCUAUGAAUUUCGGUAUAUUUGUACUGGCCAGAUUUCUUGGUGGUAUCAGUAAGGGAAAUAUCAGUCUGUCGAUGGCUGUUAUCAGUGACGUCACUUCUCCGAAAACAAGAGGAAAGGCAAUGGCACUUGUGGGGAUAGCCUUUUCCAUCGGUUUCGUCGUGGGACCAAUGAUAGGAGCGUUUUUCGCGUGGAUUUCCAGUGGUAAUAGAGAAGGCACGUGGUAUGUGAUGCCAGCUCUAUUUGCGCUCUUCCUCGCCUUGAGUGACUUAUUUUUUGUUGCUUACUACCUGAAGGAAAGUCUGUCGUUAAAACAUAGAGCGACUACUUUAGCAAAAGGAUUAUCCGGAGCAAUUUCCUACAUUAAUCCUAUCGAUCUCUUCCAAUUUAAUGGAGUGCUAAACUUGAAUCGGCAAGAUCAACAAGAUUUGAAGAUAUUGGGUCGAGCGUACUUCAUAUAUCUGUUUAUAUACAGUGGUUUGGAAUUUACUCUGACAUUUUUGACGCAUCAUACGUUCGGAUUUACUAGCAUGCAACAAGGUUGGAUGUUUCUCUGGAUCGGACUGAUAAUGGCAAUUUUACAGGGCGGUUGGGUGCGGCAUAUACCCCCGAAUAGAACAAAAACCAUCGGCGAGCUGGGUUUGUGGCUAAUAAUUCCCGCAUUUAUAUGCAUCGGGAUCGCUACCAAUGUACAGAUGUUGGGUGUCGGGAUUUUUCUUUUCGCAGUUUCCACUGCGAUGGUGGUCACCUGUAUGAUGACUCUGGUGACGCGUAUUGGACCCGAACAUCAAAAGGGUGCGAUCACCGGUAUAUUUCGCUCUCUAGGUGCACUGGCUCGCGCUUGCGGACCCGUCGUCGCCUCUACAGCGUUUUGGUGCAUCGGGAGUGCCACGACGUAUCUAAUCGGGGCUGUACUGCUCACGCUACCGCCACUGAUUUUGCACAGCAUGCGUACCUUGUAAUAUCUGAAAUAGUCAAACGUUAUGCCGUCCUCUGCCUUUUUCUAAUCUUAAAGAAUAUUGUAUAAACAGUAUUUUUAUAUCUUUUUAUACUGUUUUACUGCUGUUUUAUAUAUUGAUUUUUUUUAAAUUAACUAAAUACUCUAUAUAUUACGUUUGAUAUCUUAUUGUUAGUGAUAUAUAUAUCACUAUGAUAAUGAUAUCACAGUGAUAUCAAGAAAGUAACAAUUUCUAACAAAUGGAUCUAUUAAUAGAUCUAUCUAAACAUCACACUUGUUAUUUAUAUCUAGUUUGCUACACACUUAAAGGCCUAUAGGCCGAACAGAUUGAGUAUAUUGUGUGUGUACAUAUACACCCACAUACAACAAAAGUAUUUGUUAUCUAUAUUGUAUUAUAUUUUAUAUAUACUAUACGUAAAGUUUGUGAUAUAUAUAACGAGAAUAUA